AUGCCUGUCUUGCACUAUAGGGUAACUCGAUCCACUUACAACAGUUUGCUUAGUAAGGUUCAUUGGAGGCUUGCUAAUUGGAAAACGGGGACUAUCUGGGUGCGCUCGACUGAUUUUCUUGGUGGUGUAGUGGAUGGAGCAGGCGAGGUCCACCGCACAGGUGCAAUGCAGUCGUGGUUGCCGCCACCGUUGGUGGUGACGGCUAUGGUCGUCAUUCUUUCGUUCGAGCGUUGCGGGGCGGACCAGCUGGUUGUCAUCAUGACUGCAGUGGGCUAUCGGGGGGGCCUAGGUGGCGUCUGCUUAGUUGCGGCACCCAUCGUCGCUGGUGGAGGUUGCAUCUUCUUCUUUUCCUUUGGUGCGAGUCUCGAGUUGGCUGAUGGAUCGCUUCCUUUACUGUGA